AUGGUGACAACAGUGUUCACGAACGCAUCACGGUUUAUACCGCAAGGACUCGACGCCGCGACCAACAAGGAGCUGACAGAGAUAUGGACGCGUGUUCAGAGUCGGGUGUUGGCGCUAGCCGAUGGGGACCAGCGCAAGAUCAGGCCGCUUGGGGUGAACGACGUGUUAUCGCAUCUGGACGCGGCGCAGAGGAAUGACAAAGUGUCGUCUUGGAAGCUCCAGGCUAUCAAAGACUCAUUCAAUAAAGCCUUACUGUUCAUUCAAACAGCAGGUGGUAUAGCAGCUGGUGCUGCGUCACAGGCUUUUGGACCCUCGGAGCUGCAUUUUCGAAGAUUGGCUGGACUUCUAGAGAAAUGUGCCGAAUAUCUAGGCCGUUUGGAGUACCAUGUCCACGCGGGGAUGGAUGCGAAGUUGAGUAAAGUUGCAUGCCAGCACUUGCUCCUCUUCGUGGAAAUCUGCGAUCGAACAGUUAAGCUCCGCUCAAGGAGAAGAAAGCUGCUUGCCGGGGUCAAGAUAUUGUUCCUGCAGGAUAAUGGGGUCACGGAUCUGCUCGCCAGGAUGGAGGGCCUCGUCGAUAAAGAGAACCGUCUGGUCGUUGCGCAGACAUUUGCGCUGGCCUCAGAUGCUGCAACCAGCUCGAAGGCGAAUCUCGCUCUCAUGCAGGGUCUUGUGGAAUCAUUUGCGGAGGACAGAGCUGAGCAGAAGAAGGAAAAGCAUAAACAGUACAGGGAGCAGGUCGUCCUGAAGGCGCUGGCGUUUGAUGAGACCAAGAUGAACCAGGAAAGCAGCGAGCCAGAGGCUUUCUGGCAAACAAUCUAUCGCAACUACCUUAAGCAACGGGUAUGGGGUACCGGUGAAUGGAUUUUCAGUGAACGCAAAUACCUUGAAUGGGAGAAGGGACAAUCCAGGGGGCCGAUCCUGGCUAUCGCUGGUGGUGAAGGGACUGGAAAGAGCUUCCUCACGUCCACUAUCAUCAAGCGUCUCAAUCAAAGGAAAACUACAGAGAGCUCCGACCGUAGGAUUUCAACCGGCUAUUAUUUUCUGGAAGGGAAUUCUCGGGAUGAGCUUAAAAAUGCAACGAACCUAGAGACGGUCGCAAAGUCACUCGUUUGGCAGUUCAGUCAGUCUGAGAGAAUCUAUCUCAAGUCUGUCGCCCAAAUCUGUGAACGUUAUGGAGAGAUCGACCCGACCGACAUCUCAAAGCAUCUGAUCUUCGGUAAUAAGGAUCUAGCCAACAUGAACAUCACCUUUUAUAUUGUCAUUGAUGGGCUGGGUGACACAGUUGGAGAAGGCAUGGUCAGGUUCUUACAGAGAGCCUCCAUACCCAUGCCUGGUCGCGACAUUCGCGUUCUGGUAACCGGUGACCCCAGAUGCUUUGAGCAUUUAAGCAAAGCUGGGGAUGUUCAUUUUGAUUGCAUAUCUAUCAGUACACAUAACCGAUCGGAUGUUGAGAAGUUUAUAGAGAACCGGAUGGAUAGGAUGCCAGCAUUGACCGAUCGCGGUCGCUUGGGAAUAUCGGAGAUCAGGGACAAUAUUCGGCACAGACUAUGUACAGAAACAAAUGGUGACUACUUCAAGAUAGAUCGGACCCUCGACCAUAUUAGCUCCCUGGAGUAUAAAACGGACAUACAGCAGGCUCUGGACGAUGCAAGCAAGGAACGCUCGCAGCAGAUCACCGAGGAAAUCGAAAAGAUGAACGAAAGCCGCUCCAAAAAAGAGCUAUUGGAAAUCAAUGAGAUUGUGCGCUGGAUCGUUUAUGGCAAGGACCUUCUCACGCCAAAACAGAUGUCUGCAGUUCUGUAUGUAAGAAGCGGAGAGACGUCGUUGCUGCCUCUCGAGCAAAAGAUCAAGAUAAAAUACCCACUAUUCGAAGUGGAUAGGAACGGAAAGGUUGAUUUCCGAUCCUCUGAGAUUGAGCAUUACAUUCCGCUGAGAAACGCUACCCAUGACUUGAAUGAUUUGCAUGGCAAGGAGGCAGCACAAGCAGCAGAAGUGGCCAUGGUCAAACACUUCCUCCUCACGGUCUGUCCCUCGGAGGUUUACACCAAGUUGAAGUUUGACGCCUACCUCGUGCAACUGCUGAGGCCCAAGGGCAGUGGUAUCAACAAGGAUGAUCCGCAUACGGGUGAGACAAAGAUGGCCUUGACGUGUUUAGAUGUUUUGACAGAGGAGACUGAUCGAAAACGCACGCGACUCCUUACCUAUGCACGGAAAUACCUCAUAAGCCAUUUGUCAGCUGUUGAUCUAGCGUUAGCAGACGUUGCUUGCAAGCGCGCAGUGGGUAUACGCUUGGCGAAACUGUUUACCGAGGACAGUUCAAUCGAUAUCUUACUGCAUUGUGCGGAGUCUGUUGAUAAUCCUACUCUUCGGUUCAAGAUACGACGCUAUUGGCUUUACAGUGAUGACAGUGUUAACACCAUCCUCCGAUGGCUUGGGGACUCUGCUGUUACCUCCGAAAUUUCCGACACGGCGACACGGGCUUGGGUCGCAAAGGUGACGUCUGGGGCAGAGCCUGAUGAAGACCUAAUGAGACCUGCCGCAAAAAGAAUGGCAGUACAUUUCUUGCAAGAGGCUCAUUCAGAAUCAUUCACAAAGGACGCAUUCCUCUUCAUUGCCGGCUUCGUGAACAAGAUUGCGCGUCGCCAAGGCAAUGCUACCCACGAAGUGAAUGACCCUAGCUAUAUUUAUUCGAUUGAAGAGAUAGACAAUGUUGAAAAUUGGUGUCAAACCAUUCUGGACGUCAAGACAAAGCCUUCGUUGUGGCACGUUCAAAUGGGCAACCUGUUGGAGGUGCUCGGGCUUCCCAGGCUCGCAGAGACCAGGGCUCGUCAAGCCUUGAUGCUUGAUCCGCAAGACUGGCGAGCGUCCUACCUGUUAGCAAAGUUGGUAGGGACGAAGGAGGGUAUUGAGAUUCUAAAUGCUCCUAUUGAGGAGCGUCUUGCAUCCGACAGCCAAUGGCGACAAGAUCCUGUUCAGCGCGUCGAGUUUGCUAAGCUCCUAUACAUGUUUGGGCUACUUUACUGGGAAGACAAUUGCCCAAGCACAGCUAUUAUAUACUGCAAAAUGGCAAUGGAACUCGACCCGACAAACUAUGACCGGGUGACAAUGGUUCUGAGUGCUCUCGCUACCGAGAGCAGGUGGCCAGAGAUUAUAGUAUCUCUGAAAGGAGUUAAGAACUCGGCACACGUCUCACAGGGAUUGCCGGAGAUGGUCAUCGAGCUCUGGAACGCUGAUCGGUUCCACCAGAUUUUCCUGCAAGCAGCACUACGGACAAAGCACUUCGAUCUCUUGGCGGAGACAUACGAAUCUGCAAUCAAUCUCCUUGAAGAUCGUCAGGACCGUGCCACAUUAUGUUAUAUUCGGUAUUACUAUGCCACAGCAAUAUACUCAUUGCGAGAUCGUGAAUCAAAGGCGAUUGCCGAGUGGGAGAAGAUCUUGGCCGACGUUCCACAGUCCCAUCUGAAUACCAUUUUGCCAUUGCUGAUUAGCAAACUCGGUCCUCUCUAUCUCCGUAAGGCACAGACGUCAGGGGACGACACCGAGGCUACUUCUUCAUACCUCCAGAAGUUAGAGGACUUGGUUCCCGACGGAGCAUCUAGGAGCGACGCACUCCCACCAAAGCUUUAUCUUGCGCGGUACUACCAGACUCAGGGAGAUGUGCUACGAGCUAAGCAAAUCACUCGAGAGAUCGUGAAACAGGCUCUAGAAAUCCUGUCCGACGACGACGAAGACAAUGACAAAUACGCGUAUUCUAGUUUAUUGACUGUGUUCCUACCCUUGGAGGAUACUAGAAACAUGCUAACAAGUUUAGCCAUGAUGUCACUAAACACUUCCGACACAGCUAUCAUCUACUGUGAUGGAAACUGUGGGAAUUCCUGGUCGUAUUUGGGAGACAUGCUCUGGUGUAGGGAUUGCAUUGACUUCCAGAUUGACAUGGAAUGCUACCAAAAAAUUUGCGAUGGCACCCUUCCAUUCUCAGUGUGCCAUAAGAGCCAUGACAUUCUCUACAUUCCUGCGAGGGAGUCGAUCAUCCGAGACAUUCCAGUGGGCUAUGUGCCUUUCGGAGAAGCAGUUAUCCCUUUGGGCGAAUGGACAGAACUUAUUAGAAGGAACUACGUCUACAUUGAGCACUAA